GCUAAACCGACUCGUCCAUUGGUCAUCAAACUUUUCCGGCAAGACACAUUACUCGCCGAUAUGAAUCAAAAAUUACACAACAACAGGGAGAGCGGGGAAACCAUAUCUCACCUGUCUCCUAAUCUCAAGCCGGCGGUGUUUCUAGCAAGGUUUUUAAUUGGCGAGCCACCGGUUCCGCAGUUGCUUUAUGUGGACAGUGGGAGUAGUUUCACCUGGAUCAAGUGUAGCACAUGCAACACUUGUCAUUCUGAACUUCAGUUGUAUGAUCCAAUGGCAUCAUCAACGUACAAGAGUGUGAGCUGUGACGACUCAUCCUAUGAAUCCGCUCCUGCGCUAUCCCCCGUUAAGAAAACCGGAGAAUGCCAUUACCGCCAAGAAUACUUCGACGGUUCAGAAAGCGCCGGCACUUUAGCUCAAGAAACAAUAAGAGUUGAGACCGAUGACGACGGAUUAUACUCGGUGGUAGCUGUGAAAUUUGGAUGUGCCCACAGUGUUAAUGGAUUCGACGUUGGUAGUGGGUUGCUUGGGCUAUCAUACGGAAAGUUGUCAGUUUUAAAAAACUUUGACAACAAAUUUUCCGUAUGUUUCGGGACUCUAAGUGACCCAAAUGAUCAAAGCUUCCUAGCAUUAGGAGAUGGAGCAAGAACCACCGGACAACCAACAUCACUAUUUAUGAUGAAUGGGCAUUAUCACGUCGACCUCGAGGUGAUCAGCGUCAAUGGAAUAAUUAUUCCAAACCACUUGAGACCCAUCAAAGGAAACACAAUCAUCGACACAGGGACCACAAUAUUAAACUUGGCUGGGGAAUCGUACCGUGAGCUCAAGAAUCAUAUCGACAGCCUCAUUGACGAAGAGCUAAACAGCUUUAGUGAUGGCCAACUGGAAUGUUACAAUGGAACAGUUCAACGCCAGCUACCUUCAUUGCCUACGGUAACAUUGACAUUCUACAAGGGAGCCUCUUUAGAGUUAGAUCCAACUAGCUUAUUCCAACAAAUUGGAGAAGAGUAUUUCUGUUUAGCUGUGAUGAUGAGCCCGGAAAUCAAUCUUAACAUCAUCGGGACAACCGCACUUCAGAAGUACAACAUCGGAAUGGAUUCUCAGAUCAAGCACGCUGUUGUAGUGAAAGUGAUGGGAAGGACUGGGUCAAGGGGUCAAGUGACUCAGGUUAGAGUGAAGUUCACUGACUCGGACCGUUACAUCAUGAGGAACGUCAAAGGACCAGUCAGAGAGGGAGAUAUUCUCACCCUUCUCGAGUCUGAGAGAGAAGCUAGAAGACUCCGUUGAAUUCGUUCUUUGCAAAUUGGAUAAUUGAAGUCUUAUUGUGAUGUUAAAAAUUUUAAUUAUCAAAGAUUGAUGCUUUAGACUCUUCUAUCUCAUAUUAGACAUAAUUUCUCUUAUCUUCACUUUGUUAUUAUAAAAGAAAUAAGUCAUGUUUCA